GGAUCAGCUGAUGUUUUUAGGUAAUUAUUAUUGGUCGAAGGAUUAUUUCGAUCGACUAUAUAAUGUGGCCGAAUCCUUUCUUUCGGUACCUUUUCCAUCCACAGGAUGAGGUUCCUUUUGUGCUUGGCGCUUCUCUGCUUUGCAGAGAGUUCUCAUCAUUGGAAGCGCGAUCCUUGGACUAAUUCGAUAGGUAAGGAAUAUGUUUACAAAUACAAAGGGAUCGUCUACAGCGGAUUGCCGGCUAUGUCUCAACUACAUUCUGCUUUUGUACUGACGUGUGAUUUGAAAGUCUUCCCAGCUGAUGCUGAAACUGUUUACUUAAAAAUGUCAAAUGUGAUGGUUGGAAGUAUUCCCCAAUUUGACUUAACUGAUGUAGAUAUUGAAAAUAUUCCUUGUCAAUUAACACCAGAUCCAAAGUUCCAACCUUUGGCCGAUUAUCCUUUUGCUUUUAAACAUGUCGAAGGAAGGAUUACAGAUUCUAUAUUUGCUCGCCAAGAUAAAGUAUGGUCGAAGAACGUAAAACGAGCGAUCAUUGAAAAAUUUCAAGUUAUUUUAUCUCCUCAAUCCCUUCACCGUCCAGAUAACAUGCUACCACAAGAACACAUCAUUCCUACUGAAUUCAAAGUUCUAGAGGAUGGAAUUGGAGGAUUAUGUACAUCCAUUUACGAUGUGGUUUCCGAAAAUAAUAUAUUUUUUCCUCAAUAUACGGAAGUUCUGAACGUUACCAAAAUUCGAGAUUAUCACGAUUGUCUUACGCGUCCAGUCUUUGAAUUUGAAAAUUUCGAUUCUAAAGGAUGCCCGUGGAUGUGUCGUGAACAUCCAAUGGGACCAAACCCACCUAUGACUCCUUAUAGGAUACGUGAACACGAUGCAUGUCCUUGCGGGUUUGAACAGGUUAUUAGCCCCAUUAAAUCUUAUGGUGUUACUAAAUAUAACAUAAGUUUAACUGGUGAAGCGCCUAUUAUUGAAGGUCUCCUUAACGACGGAAAGGUUACUUUACACGUAGAUGGAAGCGAUCUCGACGUUCUCACGCGCGCUAACAUCACUCUAGUGAAAUGCGUACCAAGCGGUCACGUACCAAGUAUCCCAGAUCCAGAAUCGUUUUCUACACUCGGUUAUAAAAUUUCUGGCACUUUUGGUCAAUCUAAUGAUUUUGAUGCUCUUUAUGCGAGUGCUUUCCUUGAUAUGCUCGUUCCCGUUAAUGACCUACCAGAUCCCGUUGAAGAAUUGUAUAAACUGACGAAAAAUCUCGCCCAUAGACUUGUUACGAAUUCACAUGUUCCAUAUGAUCCACAUCAUAAUGGAGGAUAUAUUAUAGGACAGUUAGUUGCUAAAGUUACUAAGUUAAUGGGCUAUUUAAAAUUAGAAGGGUUUCAAAAAUUAGGAAAAAGAAUUAUAAUAAAACCAACUUCAGUGAUCGAGGCUUCUUUGAGAAAAGUCUUCCUCGAUUGUCUUCCAUUAUCUGGUUCUACACAAUCGGUGAAAUAUAUGCAUCAACUUAUUGAAAGUAAACUAUUAACUAAUCUGGAAAUCAAAGAUGUGGUAGAAGCUGUACCACAAUCAGUUGUUUUCCCUACAGUCGAAACUGUCGAGAUAAUGAAGGAUCUUUGUCUUAAAUCACAAGUAACACAACAGAAGAAAUAUGUUUGGGGAUCUACAUGUGUGGCUUUCGGUAAAUUAGUACACAAGGCAUGUGUCAAGCCCCAUCCUCGCACUAAUGUAAACACAGAUGGUAUUCCUGACCACAGGAUGCAAGUAAAAUAUGAUAUUUACAAGAGUUUUAUCACUGGUCGUGAUCAUCGCAAUAUAGGAGAUAGCAUGAGACCUUUCGUUCGUAACACAUGCACACCAGAACAUGCACAAAACUACAUUAAUGAAUUAAAACAUCAACUAGAUUCAGCCGUCGAAUUCGGAGAAAAGUCAAUAUUAAUCGAAACCAUUGUUCAUAUCGAUCACAUAAGUGGAAUACGUGUUUUAGAACCAUACGUUAAAGGUACAGCAAGUAAUUGUUUCGAUUCCAGAGAGACCAAAACAGACCACGCUUCUUGUGCUUUCUUGAGGCAAGUUACAAUAUAUGCUUUGCAUCACAUGGUCGGACAUCAUUCAAAACACAUAUUACCUUUGGUUGCUCCAAUAUACUUCAACCAAGCUGAACCUUACGAAUUGAGAGUAGCAGCAUUCACUGUUAUCUUGUUUGCUGAUCCACCUAUGCAUGUUUUAGAGAGAAUUGCAACCGAAUCUCACAGUGAACAAGAUAACCACGUAGGUAGCUUCGUUUAUUCCACUUUUAAAUACUUCGGUAAUGGAACCCAUCCCUGCGUACGACCUAUAUCGGAAAGGCUUAAAAUUGUUUUCCCUAAAUUAAAAAAAUUCAGUUUUGGAACUGAAUAUUCUAAAUUAUUCUUCAAGGAUGUUUAUUCUGAAUCUCUUAUGAGUGGUAUACAAGCAUUCCUCUCUUACACAAGUAACAAUGUAUCUGUCUUCCCGAGAAGUUUCUAUCAUAGUUUAACACACAAUUGGGCAUCAUAUUUUAAUAUGCCACUCGAGAUAGGAGCAAGUAUGAAAGGAACCGAAGAUCUUCUCAAAUCUAUUAACCUGUUUAAUGACGUUUUCAAUGCAAUGAACAUUCCUCGUCCAUGGGAUAGAGAAAUGCCAGACAAUAUGAGACGAGUCCGUGAUGAUAUUAAUAUUACACCCCGUACACUAGAAAUAUUCAAGUCAACUUUCUUCUUGAAAUUUUUUGAUAGAACUACUUUCAUCCCAUUAGAUAAACAAUCUGCCUUGGAAAUAAUAUACGACAUUAAAGCAAUCAUUAACGAUUUGUCUCCAAACAAACCUUACGUUUAUGUGAAGGUAAUGUUGCCUAAUUCUAUACAUAAAAUUAUACCCAGUGAAUUAGGUUUACCCGUAACACACAUGUCGAUAAAUCCUCUUGCAUAUUCAAUUAUAUUAAGACCAUUCACACCACAAAUGAAUCCACAAAUGAAUCCACAAGAAAAAGAAAUAAAAUUGCAGGUUAUAACCAGAUUGCAUUAUGAUCCACUAAUAUUAGGAAUGGCUGUAAGUACUAUCAAUAAAACAGGUUACGGAAGCGCUGUUUUUAGAAGUUACCACACUAGAAUUAACGCAAAGAUAUGUAUCAAAUAUAAAAGUUAUUCGAGUAACACACCCAAACGCUUAGAAGUGUUUGUAGAACCAGGUAUGAAUGCACCAUUAUUAGCUCACCAGACAACUCCAGGAACAUUUGCUUGUGAAGUCCGCUUCGACACCCAGAAUCCAGUAAUCUUAGACGAUAUCAAACCAAUUCAAGUUCUACCUGAUCCUGUUCAUUCUGGAAAGAUAUUUACCAGCCCUCUGAUCGGAAUGGGUGUAAUGUUUUCAACACGUGCAAAUGAUUAUUGGGCUCAAUUACCAUUAUGGAAGAAAGGAAGAACUUGGAAAGAAACCUUUAUAGAGUGUUGGAAAGCUUUAGAAAAUCCUUCAUGGAAAGCACGAGAUGUAAAAUUUGUAUUGGUACCAGAUCCAACAAGUCCAAAUCAAAAAUUAAAGCUAGAGUUGACACUCGACAGACAACUUGUGCGUUAUCCCUCAAAGGAUUCGCGACCAAGAAAUAUUUUGCCCGACGAAUACAAUUCAUUAUGGAAACCACACGAAACGCAACACGAUAUUCCUGACAUCCAAUCGCGUGUAGCUUCUAUGAUUGAAAAAUUGCAAUAUGAAUUUGAAGAUCGUGUGAGUGUUCCUUCUUCCAAUUUACUAUCAGAAAAAGCUUUCUCUAUUAUCAAUUUUCAAGCUGUCCUCACUGGAGAUAAUCCUGAUGGUCCUGUUGUUUUCCAUCUUCUUUACGCGCACUCUUUGGAUCGUACCGUCGCGGCAAGUUCCACUGUUAUUUUGCAUCAUAAACCAAAACCAUACACGUGGCUACCCCAAAAGGUUUGCAUCGAAACACAAAUGGUUACUUUUGGAUUAACAAAUGACUUGCAUUUCCACCAAGAAUCACCGUUUACAACAAAGUGUUUCUUAUCAGUAAGAGUUGCCCCAGAAUGUGUUGAUUCGUCACCUUAUUUCAAAAUAAGGGGGUUGUUCGAGAAAGUACACCUUCCCUUAUUGAGAGAAGAUAUGCAAGAUUAUCCAAUUAUGUCUUCAAGUGAGCCUUGGUAUGUCAUUCAAUGCAGAACUGACAUGAGCAUGGGAAAGAGUUUAAGCUUCCCUUGUAGAUUAGCCACUUUAAAAGAAGACCUCUUCAACAAACUUCUCUUAGAAAUGCAAUACUUUCCACCUUCUGUGACACCAUUUACCAGAAACUUGACCGAAAAAGCGAUAACUUUGGUUACUCAUUAUCUGUUUCCCAACGUAGAUCGUAACACAGUGGACGUGCAUCAUACUCCACAUCAUGCCAGACUCGUUGCCCUAUUUCAGAAUCCGACCGUGGACAUGAGAGUUCUUGAUUUAUUUUUAUAUAUGCCUACACAAAACCUAUUUUUGAAGAAACUUUCCAUUCCCUACUUAUACCCAUUAUCCACCUGGAGUCCAACUAGAAACUUAUAUUUGAACGAAUUAAUCGAUUAUGAUCUGACCACCGAGUGUUUACUCAUGGAAAACUAUCUGACAACAUUGGAUAACGUUACCAUUCCAUAUCCUCAUGACAGCUGUAAACGCAUAUUAUCGAAAGAUUGCUCUUCUCAGUCUAUUUAUACUGUAUAUGCUAAGGGAGUCGGCGGCAUUAAAAAAGAACUCACAGUAAUUGCUGAAAGCACUACUAUAGUACUUCCUCCUCUUUUAAAUCCAACGGCGUGUGAUUAUGAAUUUACUGUUGAUUCAACAUCACAUGUAAUACAUUGUGGAGAUGUAUACGUUAUCAAUAAAGGAGAAAUCCUUAGUGACUACAUUUAUCUUGUACAAACGGUCGACAAUUUGAACUUCGUAGUUCUGAUGUUGGAGAGAUUGGGAAUUAGCAUUAAAUUCGAUGGAGUAAAUGCCAAAAUACGAGUCAGUCCGUGGUAUCGAGGAAAGGAAUGCGGUAUAUGUGGAGAUUAUAAUGGAAACGGUUAUUUAGAUUUCAUGGGUCCACAAGAAUGCAUCUGGGAAUUGAGUGAAGAUUUUAUUAGCAAAUACACAGAAGAUAGUUGUUCAUCCAGGACUGUGGGACCAUAUUAUUGUCCGAACCAAAACCCAUAUCCCAUUUAUCCCAGAGACAGACCCUGGAACAUGCCACUAGUCGACCAUCCAUUAAACAAACCACUUCCUCAAGCAUGGUCACAUCAGCCAGCAGAAUCUCCAUGGGCACCUGAAAGCCAAUCGGAACCUCUAUGGGCACCUGAAAGCCAAUCGGAACCUCUAUGGGCACCUGAAAGCCAAUCGAAUCCUUUAUGGUCCAGUGAUUUAGUAACACAGUGGAGUAGCACAGGGCCUAUGGCUUGCAAACGUUACAUAACCAGAUAUAUACAACGUGGAGACAAAGUAUGUUUCGCAAUGCAACCAACUUUAGAAUGCAAACCGUCUUGUAGAGAAGAGGCAAUUUCUUCAGUACAUGUGCCAUUCCAUUGUCUUCCAGCAAGUAGCUCCUACACUCGAGAAUUGAUGAGACAAGCCGAUGAACGCAUGCUUCAUCUGAAAUGGAAGUCUGUCGACCUACAAGAGAUGAUUACUGUCCCGACCGACUGUCGGCCUGUCCUUAAAGAAGUAUGAAGAAUUUUACAACCCGAUUGCUAAUUAUAAAAAUUAAUUUUUUUCAAUAA